UUCCCAGUGCACACGGAAGUGCGUCAUCACCCAUGACCUUGCUUUCUUCAUCUCUUGGUUUUUCUGACGGGCGAAGAGGGCGAGCAUGGCUAAUAAAGAUCCCGGUAGUUUUCUGCAGCAGCUGCGGCAGAUUGCAGGCAGGAUGUCGGCGGGGCCUCGGGGCACAGGACUCGGGCUCAAGCUGCUGGUCGGAGCUGGAGCUGUGGCGUACGGACUGAAGGAAUCCUUGUACACAGUGGAGGGAGGACAGAGAGCGAUCAUCUUCAAUUGUUUCAACAUUUUUAUGGUCGAAAUCCAAACCUUUCCUUGUGCACUGCUUUUCCUUUACAAGCUGGUACCCUGGUUCCAGUAUCCCAUCAUCUACGACAUCCGAGCUCGACCUCGCAAGAUCUCCUCGCUCACUGGAAGUAAAGACCUUCAGAUGGUGAACAUCACGCUGCGAGUCCUGUCCCGGCCGCUGGCGUCCAACCUGCCUAUCCUCUACCAGCACCUGGGACAGGACUAUGAUGAGCGCGUCCUGCCCUCCAUCGUCAAUGAGGUGCUGAAGAGUGUGGUGGCCAAGUUCAACGCCUCGCAGCUCAUCACACAGAGAGCACAGGUUUCUCUGCUGAUUCGCAGGGAGCUGUAUGAGCGCGCCAAAGACUUCAACAUCAUCCUGGAUGACGUGGCCAUCACCGACCUCAGCUUCAGUAAAGAGUACACGGCCGCUGUGGAGGCCAAACAAGUCGCCCAGCAGGAGGCGCAGCGAGCUCAGUUUUAUGUGGAGAGGGCCAAACAGGAGCAGAGGCACAAGAUCAUCCAGGCCGAGGGAGAAGCUGAGGCUGCCAAGAUGCUGGGCCAGGCCGUGACCAAGAACCCAGGCUACCUGAAACUCAGGAAGAUCCGGGCGGCGCAGAACAUCGCCAAGACGGUGGCGCAAUCCCAGAACAAAGUGUACCUGAAUGCUGACAGCCUGGUGCUCAACCUGCAGGACGACAAGAGUUUCAACUUGUCGUCGUUGAAGUAAGAAGCCGCUUCCCUGUUGGUUUGUCGUCAUUCCCUCAGUUCCACUCCUGCAGAAAGAAAAUCGCUCUGGACUUCUAACUCACUCACGCACCAGGUUUUCAGUCAGAUCCAGGUUUUUCUGAGUCCCUCACAUUUACAGGCCACAAAACUGACUCCCCUCUGUGGACAUUGUCACCCAGCAGCUGCUCGAGCUGUUUCGCCAGCCAUUUUUAGAACAGGAGGGAUUUUAUUUUGAAAGGAUCCCUUGGUGUUGGUAAAAUUGUGACUCUCCAGUUUAUUCUGCUGUUUUUUGACGAUCCUGCUGUGGACGUUCACAGCUGCUGUCACAGUUAAACCCCGCUGUUCAUUAAACUAUCCACAACUUCACCAGUCAUGAGACGGGUCUGAGAUGAAUGAGGCAUACAAAAGCAAUGAUGUGCACUUCACAUAAGGCAGAGAAGGCCUGGUGCUCUUAACGUUCAGCUGUCUUUUCCCAGACAGCUUUACACACAGGAGCUCUGCCCAUCGCAUGCGAUCGGUCAAACGCAUCACCUGGUCAGGCAGGAACAAUUUGUUCACCACUGGCAGCACAGACAAACGAGCUGUAGGCUGGUGCGUCUUACAACCACUGAGUUUAACUAGAUGAAGUGCAGGAUGCGGACUGGACGUCUUUCAGCGAAGGGUUUACAGCAGGAAGCACCAGGUUGUUGUUACCAGCAACAGAGAAAUCUGUAGCAGGUCAGUUCAUCCAAAUCACAAACUGACACUAAUGCCGAUGGCGUCUUUAAGCAGGAGUAUGAGGACCAGGAAGCGAAAACUUUGGGAAUGUUGUUUAUAAUAUUUUGAGAAAAAAAUGUGAUAGUUUGAGGUUAAUCAUAUAGAAUGAGUCGUGCGAUUACCUCGACUCUUUUGCGUUAGGUCUUUAUUGUUGAAAUCAUUAUUUUCCUAAACCUCAGGUUAUUUUCCCCAGUACCCCGUCAUUGCAUCCGGCCGGUUUGCAGAGGUUUCUGCUGCCACCCGACUACAUUAGGCUGCAGCUGUGUUUGUCAUGUUGCCAGUUAACCUGCGGAUGACAUUACUGGUCCAUGUCACCGUUUGGUUUGUGAAUGUCAAAUGGUGAAAACCUGCAUGUCCCACAUCUGCAGAGUGGUGACGACACAGAUGAGAACCCAGAGGCACUCGGUGACUUGUCCUUAGACACUCGAAGCCUGUGGAGUUUUGGCACCUUUGCCUCAAAAUGAUCUUAGAUGAUUCACUGCUUAUCAGAGUUAACUUGCUGACUAACAUGUUUAUUCCAAAAUAAAAGCCCUGUCAACUGUU